GAUCUUCGUAAAAGCGCUGCUCAUGGUUAUCCUGCAAUGUCCUCUAUUGUUCUCAAUGUGCGUAAACGUAAUGGCAAGACACGCGUUCAUCCGUCACGCCUAUUCAUGCGCCCUCUAACAUCCAUUGGCGAAUGUACGCAGGCCGACUUCGAUGCAGACAACUACAGAGCUAAAUAG